AUGGAGCCUUCCAAAGCACCAGAUUGACAUCAUAUUUUUAUGGUACUUGCAUUACAGAUAUAGUGGAAAGGAGUCCAGUACAAACAUGGUUAUCCUGGAUAUCAAAAUGCUCUCUGGAUUUGUCCCAGACCCAGAGUCUUUGAACAUGCUCAAAGGUGCCCUGCUGGUGGAUCGUGUUGAACAAAAGGAGGAUCAUGUUCUGGUGUACAUACGGGAGUUACCGAAGGACACAGGCAUCAACCACAGCCUAAAGCUCAUACAGGAGCACCAAGUGGAGAACCUGAAGCCAGCCGUGGUCAAGAUCUACGACUACUACCAGCCAAGUGACCAGUCUGAUACAGAAUACAUCCACCCUUGUGUUGCAGCUUGAAGAGCAUCUGGUCAGUCCUCGAGUCGUCCAGAAGAUACAUAUUAUGUACUUAACACCACGUCUGUUUGUAUUUCCUUGUUAGUAUUCUGCCACAACCCCUGACAGCUGUGUAACUACUGUGUCUGAAGUGAAAUACAUGCAUAAUGGACAAUUAAAUAAUGUGACGUUAA